AUGGGUGAUAAAAAAGGAAAGAAGAAGGGAGGAGGAGAAGAGGAUGAGUCAACCCUCUAACUAUCUAGAUAGUACAAAAAAAAAUGCGAAUUAAAUGGAAUUAAUCCUUCAAAGCUCUUUAAAGAAAAGUUAGACUUUGCUGUUGAGGAAGAUGAAAAUAUUGAAAAGAUUCAUUUGUGGGAAGAAUUAGGUCCAGUAGGAGUUCGUUCGAUCAUGGACUCUCUAACUGAAAUACCAUAUCUGCACACAAAAAGCAUUAGACUAUGGAAGGUGAAGGCUUAAGAUGAAGGAACAAGAACUAUUUGUAAUUAUAUGGAAAAAUCUAAAACAAUUGAGUAUCUAGAUUUGAUGGAUAAUCAAGUUGGUAGUUUAGGUUGCGAGUUUUUAGGUAGAGUUUUGCAUCCUUAGAUUGAAAUACCAUUGUUGAAACUUAAAUUAGACCAUAAUGAAUUUGGAACGGAAGGCUUAAUGCAACUUGCUGCAGGUCUCUGUAUGAAUUCAGUUUUAGAAAAAUUAAGCUUAAAUUAUUGUGCUAUUACUGCUGAAGGAUCUAAAUAUAUUUAAUAAAUUCUAUCAUUUGUCAAUACAAACUUGAAAAAGCUUAAAAUGAAAGGAAAUCUACUCAAAAAUGAAGGAGUUCAUUAGCUCUUCAGGGCAUUUAAAGUAAAUAAAACUCUUGAAAAAGUUGAUUUAUCUGACAAUCAGUUCGAUACCACUCUUGGUGACGACUAAGAUCCCGAAGCUAACCCCAAUUUUUUCGAAACAAAUAAAGAUGCCAUUGAACAUAACAAAUAAAUUAUAGAAAAUAUUUGCGAAGUUUUAAAAGCUGCAGACACUUUACUUUAUUAUGACUUUAGAUUUAACAACAUCUCAAAAACAGAUGCUAAAGCUAUAAUAGACUGUCUAGAAGCUAACAAAAAUAUUUAUUACAUGGAAUUGUCUGAGCAUAUUCCAAAAGACCUGAUUGAAAGAAAGAAGGGUCUUAUGAAAAAGCGUAAACCUAAAAAAAAGAAAAAGAAGAAAGCUAAAAAGAAAUGA